CUGUCAUUGCAAAACAUCCAUUCCAAGUUUCGAACCCUUCUUUCACUGCCCUUGAUAGAUGCGCUCGACGUCCCUGUCAUGGCCUCCGCAAUAGACCAUUGUGACGGGUAUAUUAUUCUCGCCAUAUUAGUGAUUAGCAGAGAGUACCGAUCAUACCUAUGGACGGGUGGUAUAUAUGCCUUGGCGGCUCCGAACUGCGGAACUUGUACCUUACUUCAAUAGCAUGUUCACGCAGGGCUGUCUCAAUGCAGCAGUCGUAGCGUUCCUCAUCUACGACUACGUCCUCACGCUUGGCCGCGAAGUUGAGCUGUUUUGGUGCGGAAGAGGAGCUGUGGUGGCCAAAGCUGUUUUUCUCAUUCUUCGGAUAUCCGUCCUCGGAAACGCGAUCACAACUAUCCUCACGACCUACGUCACAAAGUAUGACCUUACUUUGUUCUACCACGAACGACUCGUGGGCGGCACUCUGGCUGGCCGGUACAUUCGCUAUAGCAGGUCCGCUUUUUUUUUCUUCUCAUUGGGAAUCAAAGGCACUCAUUUGGCGCCUUCCCCAGAAGCUGUCACCGCUCUACGCGCCUACGCGGUUAGCGGUGGUCAAUGGAUAUGGACAAUCGUCACGUCGGUGCUGGCUUUUGCAAACUUUGCUUUGACCGCUGUAGGUUUCACCUGCACGCCUUUGCCACUGGCUAAUAACCUGCCAUAUUUCCCCCAAGUACACUCAUCUAAGGCCUUCGUACCGUUUAGUCGAACUGCAAUCAUCUUGGACCUGCUGGGAAACGGUAGAUGUUUCCCCGACGCAAAGCACAAUGUAGUAACACUGGCGAUACUCAUAUCCACCGCGCUGGCUGACGCUAUCGUCAUCAUUGCAACGUGGGUGAGGAGGGGAUUAUGGAGACAUUCCAUUUCUUGGCUUCUAUUCAGAGACGGGACCAUAUACUUUCUACUCCAAUUAGUCCUGAUAUCUCGGUUGUUGAUCAAUUUGCGUGAAGCACCCGAGGGUGACAUCUACAUUGGCUCCCAAGAUCCGCCUGUCGGGAGCGAUGGGUUUCCGGAAUAUGCAGCCGAGGCGUCGACUCUUAGAUUCGAACAUGCGGUCACCGUUCAUGAUGAGGAAGCAUCUGCACAAGUUGAAGAGCAUACCGGUGCCGAUGCGCGCGAUAACUGGGUUGAUGCCGCUCAGUUGGAUGUGCACGAAGAGCUUCGUGACAAUGCUGAAUGACCCGUGACCGUUACCCUACCUCCGGUAAUCCUAUGACUGUCCAGAGACAUCUGGCAGAUGGUCACCGGGCUGCUCGAGCCAUGUAUAUGCACUACUUAUGGAUAAUAGAAAGCAA